ACUGAGGCCUGCCGUGUGGACAGCCCAUCCCGUAGAGCUCUGAUUCUGAAGCACUAUGGAGCAUCGGAACUGCUUGAGACCAUGGUCUCAGUCUCUUCACUGGGGAUUAAGAAGAGCAGUGCCCCUGCUUCCAUUGCUGGGCUGCUGUGUGGACAGAACCACCCCGAACCCACCUUGAAUUGGAAUCUCUCACUGAACUUGGAGCACACGUUUCACCAAACCUGCCUGACCAACGAGUUCCCCCUAGGAUCUGCCUGUCUCUGCCACCGCAGUGCUGGGAUUUCAGCAGGGCACUGUGACAAAGUCUCUCACCGUGAUCAAGUUCCUCUGAGUGUCCAGCCAACCUAGGCUCACCGGCUCCCUCCAGCUACCGUCCAUCAGGUCAGCUGCCAGCCCCAGGCUGAACACCACCCCCAGCUAUGAGCUCCUGGAGGCGCGACUCCCUCGGGGCCAGCCGCUCGGAGCCCCUCCCAGUAGUUAUCAUUGGCAAUGGUCCUUCAGGUAUCUGCCUGUCCUACCUGCUCUCUGGCCACAUCCCCUACGUGAAACCAGGAGCUGUCCACCCACACCCCCUGCUGCAGAGAAAGCUGGCCGAGGCUCCAGGGGUCUCCAUCCUGGACCAGGAUCUAGAGUACCUUUCCGAAGGCCUCGAAGGCCGAAGCCAGAGUCCUGUGGCCCUGCUCUUUGAUGCCCUCCUGCGUCCUGACACAGACUUUGGAGGCAACAUAGACUCCGUGCUCUCCUGGAAGCGACAGAAGGACCGAGCUGUUCCCCACCUUGUCCUGGGACGGAACCUCCCUGGGGGCGCCUGGCAUUCCAUUGAAGGUUCCAUGGUGACCUUGAGUCAAGGCCAGUGGAUGAGUCUCCCAGACCUGCAGGUCAAGGACUGGAUGCGGAAGAAAUGCAGAGGCCUCCGAAACAGCAGAGCCACAGCCGGUGACAUCGCCCACUACUACAGGGACUACGUGAUCAAGAAGGGUCUAAGUCACAACUUUGUGUCCGGUGCUGUGGUCACUGGUGUGGAGUGGGCUAAGUCUGAGCACGGCAGUCCUGAGGCCCAGGCACCCAGCCCCCUCUUCCAAGUGACGGGCUACUUGACUGCCAAGGACCACAGCCGCCAGCCCUUCUCCCUGUGGGCCCGUAACGUGGUCCUGGCCACGGGCACCUUUGACAGCCCAGCCACGCUAGGCAUCCCAGGAGAGACCCUGCCCUUUGUCCACCAUGAGCUGUCAGCCCUGGAGGCAGCCAUCCGGGCAGGCACUGUGACCCCAACCUCAGACCCGGUGCUGAUUGUGGGAGCGGGGCUGUCUGCGGCCGACGCUGUCCUCUUUGCCCGACACUACAACAUCCAGGUGAUCCAUGCCUUCCGCCGGUCCGUGCAUGACCCUGGCCUGGUGUUCAACCAGCUACCCAAGAUGCUGUACCCCGAGUACCACAAAGUGCAGCAGAUGAUGCGUGACCAGUCCAUCCUGUCCCCCAGCCCCUAUGAGGGCUACCGCAGCCUCCCUGAGCACCAGCCACUGCUCUUCAAGGAGGACCAUCAGGCAGUGUUCCAGGACCCACAGGGGGGCCAGCAGCUCUUUGGAGUCUCCAUGGUGCUGGUCCUCAUCGGCUCCCACCCCGACCUCUCCUACCUCCCCAGGGCAGGUGCUGACUUAGUCAUAGACCCAGAUCAGCCACUGAGCCCCAAGAGGAACCCCAUUGAUGUGGACCCCUUCACCCAUGAGAGCACUCACCAGGAGGGCCUGUAUGCCCUCGGGCCACUGGCUGGGGACAACUUUGUGAGAUUCGUCCAGGGUGGAGCCCUGGCUGCUGCCAGCUCCCUGCUGAAGAAAGAGACCAGGAAGCCACCUUAACAUCAGCCCCGAUGCCCUGACACCCAGGUCCUGAAGAGGAAGAGGGCUCACCACAACCCAGUGGGACAUGAGCCCAUCUAAAGAUUUUCCAUGUGGGGACCAGUCUCCCCGGCAGGAGGGGAAGACUUGAGCCCUCUGGAUGGACUAUCUGCCCCAGAGGCAUGGGGGAACACCGGCCGCCCUACCCUCAGGCAUGUCAAGGCCCCACAGUACUGCUCCUGGUGGGAGCAGUAGCCGUAGACCAGAGGGCCCCCUUGAAGCUGUCAGUGUGUGCUGGAGUCACAGGGCCAGCUGAGUGUCCAACUAGGAGGACCCCAGGCCCAACCUUUCACCAUCAGGUCUGUAAUAAAACCAGCUGUGCCUCCAC